UUUCCUGGAGAGGGGGUGAUGCUGUUCUCUGUUCACUGGAAAUGUAUUGACUGAGGAUCCAACUCUCAGCCUUCCAGCUGGAGCCUGCCGCUGCUCUGCUCACUGCACGGGGUUUAAACCAGGACACUAACACACCUGACGGCUGAGCUCCUUCUGGUCACUGCCUCACUGACCACUAACCAUGAGGGUCUUCCUCCUGCUGUGCCUGCUGGUGGUAGGCAACGCCAAACCCUACCAUCCAAUCAACAUCAUGGAUUUCAUGAAAAACUAUGACAUCAUGAUGGCUGAUUCAAGUGACGACGACAACGACGACAACGACGACGAUGAGGGCCACAGUGAUGAAGAUGAUGAUGACGAUUUAGAUGAUGAAGACGAGAACUGUCCUGCUAGUUGCCAUUGUUCACCCAGAGUGAUGCAGUGCUCCGACCAGGGUCUGAUCUCCAUUCCUGAGAAGAUCCCUGAAGACACUGUGAUGAUCGACCUUCAAAACAAUGAUAUCACUGAGAUCAAGGAGGACGAUUUUAAAGGCCUCCACAAACUCUAUGGCCUGUUCCUCAUCAACAACAAGAUCUCCAAGAUUCACCCCAAGGCCUUCAGAAACAUGGACCAUCUCCGACUGCUGUAUCUGUCCUACAACCUGCUGACGGAGAUCCCUGCCAACCUGCCUCCCAACGUCAUCGAGCUCCGCUUCCACUCAAACAAGAUCAACAGAGUCCAGAAGGACGCAUUCAAAGGCCUGAGGAAACUCCACGUGCUGGAGCUGGGUGCCAACCCUCUGGCCAACAGUGGGAUGGAGCUGGGAGCUUUUAAUGGCCUGUCGACUCUGUACCUCGGAGUCGCAGAGGCUAAGCUAACUGCCGUACCCAAAGACUUCCCGACGUCCAUCACAGAGAUGAGCCUGGACUACAACAAGAUCGCUAAGGUGGAGGUAGAAGACUUCAUCAGAUAUAAAAACCUGCAGAGGCUAGGACUUGCUUUUAACCAGAUCAAGUCUGUGGAGAACGGCAGCUUCGUCAGCAUCCCAAACGUCCGCGAGAUGCACCUAGACAACAACCGUCUGAGGAAGGUCCCCCCCGGCCUCGGCUCCCUGCGCUACCUCCAGGUGAUUUUCCUCCAUGGCAACAAAAUCAACAGUGUGGGAGUCAACGACUUCUGUCCCGUCACGUCCGGUGUCAAGAAGAACCUGUACACGGGCAUCAGUCUGUUCGCCAACCCUGUCAAGUACUGGGACAUCCAGCCGGCGACCUUCCGCUGCGUGACCGGGCGGAGGGGCGUGCAGCUCGGAAACUUCAGAAAGAAGUAGAGAGCGAAAAACGAGGAGUUCCGGGGGAAAUAGAAAAUGGAGAACUGCCAAUAUCCUUGUUACAGUAUAAGGAACAAACUGGAAAUAAUUUUGAUAAAUCAACAAAAAAAAGAAAAGAUGAAUCUGUACAUUUAAGUGUUUAAGCUCAUUAUGAUAGUUCUCAGCCAGGUGGAGAAAACUAAAGCAAAACUCUAGUCCGGCUGAUGCUGCUGAUAAUGUGUAAAAUAACUAAAACUAGAAACUAGGCCCAAAGUUCCCCUUAAAUUCAAUAAAGCUGCACCAAAUUUCACAAAAUCAUAUCCACUCUCUAAAUAUGCUUAAUUGGUUUAAAAAUUGAUUCAAGGAAAUUGUAAACAAACAAUCUAGUCAUGUUUAAAAAAGUUAGAAAAUCUGCAUCGGCUGCUUUGUUCAGAUUCAUGGAAAAGUUGAAUGAAUCGUUGCACCAUUUGUGGAAAUCUGUUCAGUAGUUUUUUCAUAAUCCUGCCGACAAACAAACAUAACGUCCUUGGUGGAGAUUAUUAAUCCGUUUUUCUUUGUAUCUCAACUUUUUCUGGGUAAACUUUACUUGGGGUAGAGCGCCUCCCCCUGGUCAUUUUGAGUAACACCACCCAAUAACUUGAGUAGUGUUACAUUCUUUGUACCUUUUUCAAUGAAAACAAACGUUUUAAUUGUUUUCUUUCAAUGUCGAAAUCAAAACAACUUUUAAUAGGAUACAGCUAUGUAUAAAGAUUUAAGUUGUUUUCAUAUCAAGAAACAAAAUAUACCUUUUCUCUCUUAUGUCAUUUCUUUACAUCGAGUAUUAUAUUGUCGCCAUUUUUUUUAAAGUUGAGACAAUAGAAUUAUCAUAGAGAAUUCACUUUAGCCUAAAAACCACAGUUUCUGGUGUUAUCUAGUGUAACAUGUCACUUUAAAGCCCUGUGUCUUUCUCCAUGUCGAUGUUUUUCAUUAUCUCACUGCAUGUCUGUAUUGUCUUAAUUUAGAAACUGAAAUUAUACAUUGUCCUUGAUGUAAAGGUUUUCCUCUGCAGGGCUGGGGAUUAAUCUGUAAUCUGAAAUUUACCCCUUGAAUUCAGUUUGUUUUAAUAAUCGAUAGCAACCAAAAUACCACCACAGUUGAUUAUUAGCAGGUAAUGAUCGUUUAAGAGCAUCUUCCUUAUAAACUUGUCCCUGUUUAUUCCAAUGUGCUAUCCUCCACAAUGGUGCUAUAUUUAUUUAGUCUGUCUUUAAAUAAACCUGGAUCACCUCCCAA